AGUUCCAUCAUUACUGCCAAAAAGAGACUUCCAAUCCUCACCUGACCUGCCACAGAGCCUUUCCACUUUAUGUGCUUAUGAUUGUGUUACCUCUAGUUAGUCCUUGUGAGAUUAGGAUAACAAUUUCACAGGAUUUUAAAGCAAGAUUAUCAAGCCUAUCUACUCAAAGUCUUUCACAAAGUGAUUAUUAAGACCUGCUGAUAACCUCCAGUUUUAUAUAGGAUCUGAAGAUAAUAAUCUUCUUAAAGAGAAACCAGACCUGGUGUAUCAUGGUGUGCUUAAAAUGAGAGAUGACCUUUAAAUGCUGGAACUGAAUGAAGCAUCGUAUGCGGAGAAAAUUGCGUGUGUUGGUUAGUCUGGAGGAGCAGCCCAGCGGGGAGGACAGCAGGGAGCUGCAAAUUCAGAGCAGCUUAAACUGCUGGAAGUUGGAGUCCACAAUGCAGUGGUUCUGCUGGCACAUGCCAGUGAAGAUGAGCCUGGGAUUUCUGUGUCUCUUUCUCGUUUGCAACACAGCUUCAUGCAUAAGAAGAGAAAAUAAGAAAGAGAAGCAAGUGGCAGUGCUGGCUACAGCAGAACUGCCUGCAAAGUCUGUGGAUCUGUCUGCUAUCAACCUGACAGAGCUGGUGAACAGUAUGCUGAACACUGUGCUCAGAGGUACCAAAAAACUCUUCUCUUUGCUGAGCGUCACAUCUUACAGCUCAUUUGCUUUCCACAAAGUGUCAGUCACCAUUUAUAACAUUUCUAAUGUGAAAAAUGUUGACCCUGACAAGUUCCCUAUGCACUGCUACUGUUUGAACAACGUGACAAAUGAUUUGACAGAUUUUACAGCUUUACUUGUCGAUAUUAUUGGAAACUCCACAAGUUAUCUCACCGAAAUUUUCAAAUCCACUUCUAUUCUCUCAGUGCGUCAGAGCAAUGAUUCAGAUUGUAUCUACAUCUGUGUGAUGACAGGACAGACAGGGCGAAAUCUGUCUGACUUUUGGGAAAUAAUGGAGAAGUCUCCUGUUAUUAAUUACACAUUUUCUAGUAACACAUCUGACCUGGAUCUAGACUCGAUUAUUUCAAGUUUCACAAAAUUACAAGAGGACCCCAAUAAAACAGUGGAUCCAUCAGCAGAACAUGUGUGGACAUUGAAAACUACCAGGAUCCCUCUUGCCCAGAAAGGGAAGGAAAACCCCAUCACGAGGUUCCCACCAUGGCCAAAGACAGUUGGAGCAAAAGGAUCGGCGUUGCCACCACCGCAUGUGAAUGCUCCCAGACCACGAGGGACAGCUGGGCACCCUUCGACUGCUGGAGGCACCUCAAUCCCAUCACCAGCCCCACAGCCCAGCCCCACUGAUGUGUAUGAAUUUUGGAUGCAGACACUGUCUCCUCCAGAAACCAUCAAACUGAUGCAAACAGAGCCAGAUUUGCCUUCAGUACAGUCUACACCACCUUACAGGCCUGGUGUGACACUGAAACUUUACUCAGCUACCAGGUGUCCACAGGUGAUCCUCAAAGAGUCCCGUGUGACCUCACCUCCCGUCACCCUUAUGAUGCAAAAGAUCAAUCCUUGUGUGAUGGAGCUGUGCAGGUUUUUCCAGCUGUGCCUCUGUGUUGGUCAAAGAAGAUAUUCCAGAAAGGAAGCCAUGAGGUACUGUGUUGAAUACUAUUCCUGGUUCUUGAAAAAUGCAAGUUAUGUCUGUGAAAGGGUCAAAAGAGUUGCUUACUCCCACACAUUAAAACAAAAAUGCCUUAAAAACAUCUGUACAGCCAUCUAGAUCACUGAAGAAUUUUACUGUAAAUUAGAAGACUGGUGGCAGUUUUAGUUGACUCAUUUUUCAGUGUAAAGAUGAGGAUACAAUGUGUUCUUUGCAAAUAUUUGUAACAAGACAAGCUAUUAACCAGAUGUUAACCUAGAAAUGUGUCUUCCUCCAUGGCAUUUUAAAAAUGUGUAAAAACAGAUGCAUUUUAUACAAGUGGUGAAACUGCAAUAAAAGUAUUGAAAGGCUUUAAAA